ACCCGUCUUUGGAGUGAGACGUUUUGGUGUAAACGCCUUAAUCUUCCGUAAUAAUUGACGCAACGCUUAAAAAAGUAUUUAAAUAAUUAUCAAAAUCUUGUGAUUUAAUUGAGAACAAUGAAUGACAAAAAAUAAAAAAGCCUAGUAAUUUAAAAAGAAUAUUUUAAAUUUGAAAAUGGAAGUGGACCGAAUUUUUUAUAUUUUCGGAAGUUUUUCACGCAAGAAACAAGACAAAAGAAAAUCAUUAGGGCAAGCGCAGACAUCGAUUAGUGCAGACAAUAGUCCUUUGCAUAGAGAACGUCCAACCAGCCAGUGUUUGAACAUAGCGCCCAGGACUUCUGCUUAUGAUGAUGGCAAAAAAGAGGUGCCUAAGGAAUGGGAGUGUGGACUAUGUAAGAAGCAGUUGGUGGAGCCGAGGGUUUUGGGAUGUCUUCACAGUUUCUGCACGCGGUGCCUCCAAGGUUUACAUCAGGAAGGAGAGGCUGAGGUCUGGAGCGAGGUAGAUGGAGGGUCGAUCCACCUGGAGCAGAGGGAACAUUCAGGGGGUGGAUCAGCUGGUUCAGGGUACGAGAGCGACCCUCGGAACUCAGGGUCAGACGGCAGUUGGGAGAAGCAGCACAAGUACGGCAUUUUCACGAGGAAGAUAUCCGGCAAAAGCGUACAGUUCCUACUCUGUCCAUCAUGUGGGUAUGAGACCCCGCUUCCCCUGGCCGGGGUAUCAGCCCUCCCCCUGAACUAUGUUCUUAUGAGGAAAAUGGCGAUUGAAGAGGAAAUCGCCAGCGUUUUGUGUGACCUGUGUAACAGCGAUAAUAAGGCCGAAAGUCGUUGCAACCAGUGUCUUGUCAGCGUUUGCACUUCUUGCGAAGAAGCCCACCGCAGACAGAAGGCCACAGCCAGACAUUCCCUACAACCCCUGGAUCCAUUGCCGGCCAAGUUCUGUAACCAACACCCGAGAGCUGAACUGACGGUGUACUGUGCCACUUGUCAACAGGUGGUAUGUCGUGACUGUUGUAUCAUCUCCCACUCCGGGCACGCGCUGGCCAACGCGUCCCGGUCGGCUGCUGAGCGGGCCAGGCUGUUAAGGGACGCCUGUGAGAGAGCUAAACACAUCCCGGAGAAUGUCCAGGCCGCAGCCAGGAUCCUGAACGCGCAGGCUUUUGAUCAGGACUCACAAGCGGCCCGCGUGGAGUCCGAAGUCCAAACUUGGGCUGAAGACUACCGAAGGGCAGUGGAAGCCCACACCAGAGCGUUAUGCACUGCCGCGGCCAGAGCCAGGGCCAGGUACCGACAGAAAGUGGAAGAGAAGAACAGAGAGUUAGAAGAUAGAUCUGCGCAGGCGGCGGAGGCUAUUAAAUUCGCUGAAGAGCUCCUGUCAGAAGGCAGAGACGACGAGGUGCUGUCGCUGAGCGGGCCGGCGCUGCGGCGGCUGCAGCAGCUGGGGGAGCGCGCGCCGGCCGCGCCGCGCCUCUCGCUGCGGCUGGCGCCCGCCGCGCCCGCGCAGCCGCCGCUCGUGGGCCGCCUGCUCACCGCGGCGCCCGACCCCGACCAAUGUCUGCUCAACACUGAAGGUCUGCAAGACCUCAGAGUGGACUGCAGACAUGAUACCAUAUUCGAAUUGAGAGACAGCAGUGGAGAGCGGAUUUGGUGUGGUGGUGAACAGGUAGCCGGUUACUUCAGACGACAAGACUCAUCAGCUCGACCUGACUUUGCUCGCGUGAAGGACCUCGGAGACGGCACUUAUGAGAUUUCCUUCACACCUUCCAGUCCUGGGGCUUAUCUGCUAGCUGUGACUCUUGACAAUAAACCUAUAAAGGGCAGCCCGUUCGCGUGCGCGGCGCGCGCGGCGGCGGCGCACUGGGGCCGCUUCCACUGCUGCGCGCUGUGCUCCAGCGCCGGCCGCGCGGGCUGCGCGUGCGGCGGCUCCGUGCCCGGCGGCUACAAGGGUUGCGGCCACGGACACGCGGGCUGGCCAGGCUCCCGCCACUGGUCGUGCUGCGGCGCCACCUGCCGGUCGGCGCCGUGUGGGAAACCACGGACACACCGCCACACAUCCGCACUAUAUCAAUUCUCACUAUAAAAUAAAUCAAUAAAUAAAUAAAUAUAUAUGGGACAAAUUUUAUUGAUUCGAGUUAGCUUCGAAGUAAGUUCGAGACUUGUGUUACGUGAUACUAACACAACGAUACUAUAUGUUAUAAUAAAUACUUAUAUUAUAAACAUCCAAGUCCCCAGACCAAUCAGAAAAAGUUGUUUUCUAAUCAAGCCGUGGCCGGAUUUCGAACCCGGCACCUCCGAUGUUACAGACAAGAGUACGACC